GAGGGAUUUCCCUGAUCCCUUCCUCAUGCUACCACACGCAGUCACAUGCCAGCUGUGCUCGAGUUUGCUGCUGCUACUCGUUAAAAAAAAUAAACCGGCAUUUUUGAAUUUUUUUAGUUACUUUAACAAUGUUUGAAGAUUUAUUUAAAACGUGACGAUAUAAUAAUAAGAAUUUAAAUGAGGAUGAGUGAUAAGGUAUGUCAGAGUGUGUGGGGUAUAAGACUGUGUCCUCGAUGACGGGAUCAUCAAGAACGGGGCCUCCACAGCCCCAAGAAGAAGAACCGGUGUCUUCUUUUAAUUCGCCGGAGAAACAAGUAACAAGACAUAAGAUGACACCUGUUCAACAACAAACUGAACAGUUAAUACAGCUAACACCACUCUGGGAACACGUGGUACGGACGCAGCAAUUUCCUCCGGACGUGGACACAUGCUUAGUAUUCAAUGAGAUAUCAUCAAGACUCCGUGAUCCUGAAUGGGAAGUACGUCAACAUGCACUUAGAGUAUUGGUUGAUGUUAUUCCGACACUCGACGAAGAUCACGUCGAUGAAAUUAUGGAACCAGUUGUGGGUGAGCUUAUUAAUAAUCUGGGGCAUCUCGCUCCUGCAGUACGUAAAGGCGCACUCGAUACAUUACGUGUUUAUUUACUCUACAGUUCUACUCGCGACGCUAUAAUUAAGACCAUAAUAGACAAAGGAAUAAACAGAAAUAAUUUCGAUAUUCAAUCUCAUAUUACCCUGGGUGUUAUUUUGAGUGCGCCUAGUUUGCUAUUCCCAUCAUCAAGAAGCAUUAAACCAUCGCGUCAGAGUUUGAAGACAGUAAUAAAUGCCUUAGCAAGUCGGCUCAGUGACAUAAAUUACCAAGAGAUAGCUUUAAAGUCUUUAGUAAAAAUUCGCGACGUUAUUGGUGAUGAAUUUGCGUCUUACCUCGAGGAUUGUCCUGGAGCUAAAGAAGACUUUGAUAACUUAAGUCAAGUCUACAAUGUUCAUUCAAUGCCAAAGAGGAGUAAAAAAAUGCGUAAAAAAAAGUUUAAGCAUGAUAAGCUUGACAAAGUUGAAGCCGAGAGGAGUAAUGACGAGGAAAAAAGACAAAGAGAAAGCAAAGAGGAAACUAUUCCACCGUCUCGUGUUGUUUUAGAAACAGAGAUUAAAUUUAAUGAACAGACCGCUAUCACAAUGACUAUUUUGGAAGAGAAAGAUGAUUCAGAUGAUAGCCUAGAUAGUCCUCUUAAGUUGGACGAUUCAUCGAAGUUAAAAGAUGAGUCGAAGGAAAUGUGGAUUGAGAGACGCAAAACACCUCGACGUGUUCAUUUUGGCGGUGAAAUUGUUAAAUUACGUACACCCGACAGCGAUGACUCUCAAAUGAUACAAUCAGAUGCCCCUAUUACACGCAUACCUUUGCCAAUAUCACCGGUUACUAAAAUGCCGAGCUACAGGCCUCCUAGAUCAGUAUCUCAUCCUUGUAGUCCUAGUUCACGGUGCCAAGUACCCAAAAGAUCAAGAAGUGUAUCAGCGAGUCCUAAACGCGAGUAUUAUGUCCACGACGGCAGUUUGAAUCCCAAGAAAAGUAUUCUUAUGAAGACAUCAGCUAAAAUUAAAGACAAUUAUAAUAAUAAUGAUAAUAAAUUAAAUAACGUCGAUGGUAUUUUUGGAAUAAAAGAAAGCGAUCGCAGCUGGUCCUUUGAAGUUUUCGAAUCAAUUGAUGAUAAAACGGUGAAAAAAGAAAGUAAUUUGUUUGUUGAGAAACGUAAAAAAAAAGUUAAAACUUCGGCGAGUAAAUCUGCGGUUAGAAUAAAAUCUUCCGAGGAAAGUGUUUGUUAUUUUAAUAAAUUUGAUGAAUCGGGUGAGAGAACAAAUGAAAUUAAUUUUGUUGAGUAUCCGGAAGCUAAAGUUAACUCGGGAAACUCAAAUAGAUCUGGGGAUUUAAACUUACACGCUAAAAGUUUUAAUACCAUUGAUAUGGUAAAUUCAAAAGGCGGUAAAAAUAAUUUGAAUUUAAAUAAAUUAAAUAUUAAUAAUGAUAAUAAAUUGAAUGAAGGGAGGAGUCAAAAUUCAGAUAAUUAUUGUUUUUUAAAAGAUGAUAAAUUACUAUCGCCAAAGAGAGUCGUUGGUUUUGAAAGUUUUCCACGUAAAGAACGUAACUACAUACUCAUGGAACUCUCGAGUCCUAUUAAAACCGGCAAUAGUCGUCAAGUUUCUCCGGUCUCAGUGUCUUCAUCGGCAGUUGAUGCUGCUAGUAGUGGUCGUGAUGGCGUACAAUCAAAUGAAAAUACCCAAGAGCCAAAAAGUUUAUCUGAUCGUGUAUCUAUUGGUGAAUUAAAUGCUCCAGUUGUAUUAUCCACUAAUGAUACAUUUAAAGAAGAAAGUUUAAACACGGAAAAUAGUGAAACUCUUGGUAUUGAAGAGAAUAAAAAAGUUGUUGCGGUUGAGGCUCAAGAAAAGGAUACGAAGAAGGAAAAAGAAAAUGAGGAUAAGAAAAAAGAAAUAAAUGAAAACAACAACGAAUCAAAAAAGUUUAGUGAUAGCAAGACAAUUGCCAAGAAUUUUGAUUCGGGUAAUGAAAGCCAUACUUGCAGUAGUAGUGAAGGAGAAAAUAAAACCCAAGAACCCAGUUGGGAGGAACUUGGUCUCGUUGAUCAGGAAGUGCUUAAUGAUCUUCACAAUAAGGAUGACUGGAGAGCUCGAGUUCGUGGGUUAGAGAGAGUUGCUUCAGCUUUGAGGACCUCCUCGGCAUUGAUUGCGAUUGAACCGAGACUGGGGUCACUCUUGCACGCUGUACUGGGUUGUGAGAGAAGUUGUCGAGUCGCUGCUGCUGGAAUGGCUGUUGCCAGAGUCGUGGUUGCUGGUGUAAGUGAAGAAGCUCUUAAACGACGGUUACCACAAGUAGCUUGGGGUUUGACGCGUCAAGGGGGUCCUAAUGCUGCGCAACUUGCCCGUAUUGCAAUGCUAAGGCUUCGUCCGGCACUCUUCUUGGAGCAAUUACUUCAACCCCAUUGCAUUGACGCGAGAAACGCUAAAACGAGAGAAAAUGCUCUCCAGUUGCUCAUCUUCUCGUUGGUUACCUUCCCAAGUACUGAGUUCAAAGUCGAGAACGUUGCUAACAAAGUGGCUUUGAUGGUUGGAGAUAGAAGAAGACGAGUUCGGCAAGCGGCUUUAGAUACUCUCGCAGUGCUUGCACAAAUUUACGAGCCUGAGGAGGUACUUCAAGCUGGUCAGCGAGCCGCUAAACAACUGAGAGAAACCUCUGAUAUGGUUGCUGCUAUUCGUGCCAGGCUUGCAAGAAAAUCACUGCCAAUGGUCUCUGCAGACGGUCUUGUUGUUUAUGGCUUACAAAUUUCUCCGACGGUUCAGAUCGCCACAGGUCCAGAUGUUGAUUGGAUCGUUGCCGGAAGUGGUUCAGUCUCACCCGGAACUGGGAGAGCCCGCGGCCAAAUCAUCACGAUGAAUCCUCGUGCAAACUUUGAUAAAAUUUCACAAAAAAACGAUACAGAAGAAAAUUCUUCGAGUCAUGACAGAAACUUAGUAGCUCGUGGUAUUGGAUUACAUCCAAAAAAUGAGAAACCUGUGGCAUGGCAAUUAGUAUCGGCCGCGAGCAAAGAUGACAAUAAAAUAGUAAAUGGGAGUAAGAAGGAUAAAAAUUCAUCACUAAAUAAUGGAAUUAACGAUAGUAAUAAUAGCGGGAUUAAAAAACGCUUAGAAGAUUCAGCAAGUCCAUUUAUAUCAUCGCUGGAUAGUAUCGAAGAUUCCUAUGGCACAGACGUAAAUAUAUCACUAAUAAAAAAUGACCAAGAUGUGAUAAUGAAACAGCGUAAAACAGAGGAAAAUUUCCACCGUCGAAUGGAUGAAAUUUAUGCUGAGCGCCCGCAUCAAGAUAUAAUAAGACUAGAGUCACGAAUUCCCGUCGCACAAUUUCGCGAUCGUGAUAUCGUUGUGAGACAUAGUACAGCUUACUCACGUAGACGUCGUGCAGUUAAAACGGAUGAGUAUGAAACUUCAUCUUCAGCGCCACAAACUUCUUAUGGUCAGCGUGACGACGAGAUUAACCGUAGAUAUCGUAGUGAUAGAAUUAAACUACACAUAAGACCGGGCUCUGAUGACCGAAGUGAGCUUACUUCUUCCCAACGAGCUUCAAAUUCACCUCAGAUGUCUCCUACACGCGAUACCACAUCCACUCCCGCUUAUCGUCGCCGUCAGAGUAUAAUACAGACAACUGUUUCGGAAUCUGAUAGACAUAUAUUCCCGUCAAUUAUUGAAUCUAGAUGUAAAUCCGUACCAGCGUCAUAUGGAAAACCGUUUACUCCAGUUCAAACAAUUGAUUCUUAUUCGAGAAGGAUUUCCAGUUCGCCAGUAGUCAUCAAAAUAAAUAAAACAAACAUCGAUGAGGAAUUGAAUGAAAAGAAUCGAUGUAACUCAGCACAAAUUUCUACCCAUUGUAUCAAUAACUUAACUGAUCUAUCAACUCACUACUUGGGUCGCGAUCGAGAACCGUAUGGGGUCUCAAGUGACUCGUCCAAUGAUAGAGACAACGAGCCGCUUCAAGAUCAUGAGGUCAAUGAGGAUAAUUCGCAUCGGAGUGCUUCCAUUAUUACCAAGUCCUUUGAUAUUAUUACACAUGAAUCUAAUCCGUCUAGAAGGAAUUCUAUCGAUCAGAUACCAGUAACAGUACUGUCAAGUGCGACAAAUUCAACAGACUUGGAUAAAGAAACGAGUUCUGAUGAUAUAGCCUCGGGUCGUGAGCUAGACAGUGAUGAUCCUUUGACUCGUAAUCCAGCUUCAGGCUCUUCAGUUGUCUCUAAUGAGAGCAGCUCAGCUGAUGAAGCGAUAAGGGAAGUUAUAAGUCCUAACCACAGAGACACUGGUGGUAUUCAAGCUAUUGCUUUUGAUGAACACGAUAGUCCGGAUGUAUCUCUGGCUUACGAUCGAGAUUAUUCGACCGAGUUACAGAUUGAUAUUGAAUCGAGAGCAUGCUCUUCCAUAAAUUCUCCUAAUAAAUUCUUCCAUUCGCUUGUAUGUCACGAUGAUGAGGAGGAUGAUGAUGAUGAUGAUGAUGAUGAUGAUGAUGAAGAAUUGGAGCAAAAUAAUAAUGGAGAUGAAGAUGAAGAUGGAAAUGUUGAUUUAGAUGUAAGUGAAGACGUAGGCGAUGACAUAAAUGCGGUAAAGGAUGCGGAUGAGAAUGAAAAUGGAGACGAAGAUGAUAAAGAAAUAUCGGAGUAUAAAAUUGAUGAGAUGUCAACAUCUAUCACAACUACUACGACCUCUGGCAUUAGUGGAAUUACGGCAACGUCUUCUUUAACCACAUCAACGUCAACAUCUUCAUCAAACUCGGAGACUGUGAAGAAUUUAGUUUCGAUAGUCGUUGCAUCUCGACCUCAUUCUCGAGCAGCGACUGAGUAUCAUGAAACCACGACUGCCGUCACCUUUCAGCCUCUCGACAUCCGGCAAUCCCGUGAGGGAACCUCAGUUUCCGGUGGAGCCUCAGUUAUCCAUGACCCAAAUGAUACACUUACACUUGAAUCGAAUGACCAUGAUGGAGAUAUUUCAGUAAAGAGUAAAAUUGUCUCUGUGAUUAAACAUCCAUCAGAUGAAAAUCCUGACACAGAAAUUCACGUCGUAACAAUAGAAAAAAUCCAUCAAACGUUAACUAGCUCGAGGGAAAAUGGAAUAGUACCAGAAAUCGCCCGAAUCCAUAUGGACAAUAAUGCAACAGAAUCUCCGACAAAAAGAUUGCAAUCAAAAGUACCGCGUAGCAGAGUAAAAAUGAAAGCAGGAUUGAAUAAAGUCGCCCCCGCAUUACCGAUUAAUAAUAGUGAAAAAAGUUUUAGCAAAUCAAAGCCAAUUAUUCCACAAUGCUUUUCCCAACUUGAAAGCAAUGACUGGGAAGUGGCGAUAAAAGGUUUGAAAGGUUUGUCAAUUAUUGCAAGACAGCAACGUCAAUUAUUGGACAACUGUCCGCAAAAUCUUGUGGGUCGAUUGUUAGGUCGUCAUAUCAGAAAUUUACGGUCACAAGUUGCUCGCACAGCUUGUAUGGCAGCUGGUGAUGUUUUUGAGUCUCAAGCGCGUUCUAUUGAUCACGAUCUUGAUGAUAUAGCUGGACCAUUACUUCACAGAACAGCAGACACUAACAGAUUUUUACGCUCUGAUAGUAAUGCAGCUCUUGAUCGUAUGAUAGAACACCUUCCACCUCAUCGUACAAUAUCUGUUAUUAUACAUCGUGGCGCCGGUCAUCAAAAUGCCGUCGUAAGAGCAGCUACGGCGAGACUUUUAGCUUCUGUCGUUGAACGUAUGGGACCAGACUCAGCUAUGACGCUUCCACGAGAUGUCAGAGAAAAGUUACUAAGUACUGGUGCUAAACUUUUAAUGGAUGGUAACUUAGAUGCUAGGAAUCAUGCCAAGGUGAUGUUCAAACAACUGUCAAGAUGUGAAGGAUUUAGAAAAGCAUUGAAAGACUCUGUACCGGACACAACGCUUCGUCAUAUUGAUAAAACACUGAAAUCACUAUAAAUGUCAAUUAUUUAAAGAUUUAAUAAACUGUUUAAAUAAUUAGUAUCUUUUUUUUGUAUUAAUUUAUUUUUUUUUAAUUUAAAUAAAAUUAUGUAGUUAAUUAUUAAACCCAAUGGUUAUUUAAUUUUUUAAGUUUCUAUGAAGUUACUAUUAUGUAAAUGUUUAAUAUGAAUAGAUUAUAUAUAAAUGUACUAGUAUACAUAAAUGUAUGUGAAUGAAAAGACUUAGUUCUUUCAUCGUCCACGUUUUAUUCAUGAGAUAAUUAUUUAUAUACAAUUUAAUACGAUGUACGUGAAUGCGUAGAAUUAUUUUAUCCGAAUGAACAUGAUAUUUAUAGAUAUACUGCAUUAAAUAUGUGAAAAGAUAAAUAAUAAAAUAUUAAUUUUUAAAUUACCAAUGUAAUUAUGUAACUUUUUAUAUUAUCAAAUUUGUUAUUGAAUAUAAAUAUAUACAUGCAUACAAAAAU